AUGUCAGCUAAAGCUCAGAACCCAAUGCGUGAACUGAAAGUCGAGAAAUUGGUCUUGAACAUUUCUGUCGGUGAGUCCGGUGACAGAUUGACCAGAGCAUCUAAGGUGUUGGAACAAUUGUCUGGUCAAACUCCAGUUCACUCCAAGGCCAGAUACACUGUUAGAACUUUUGGUAUCAGAAGAAACGAAAAGAUUGCCGUGCACGUUACUAUCCGUGGUCCUAAGUCUGAGGAAAUCUUAGAGAGAGGUCUAAAGGUCAAAGAAUAUCAGUUGAGAUCGAAGAACUUUUCUGAGACUGGUAACUUUGGUUUCGGUAUUCAAGAACACAUUGAUUUAGGUAUUAAGUAUGACCCAUCCAUCGGUAUUUACGGUAUGGACUUCUACGUUGUCAUGGGUAGACCAGGUGCUAGGGUUUCCAGAAGAAAGAGAUGCAGAUCCAGAGUUGGUAAUUCUCAUAAGACCUCCAAGGAGGACACUAUUGCGUGGUUCAAACAAAGAUACGAUGCCGACGUGUUGGACAAAUAA